GGUAAUUUGAAAAGAUCAGUCGCAAGAUGUUGCUGAGAACAAUUUGUAUAUUUCUUAUUAUAAAUACAUUAUAUUCGUUCUGUGAUGGAAUUGACAUAUCCGAGCACAAUACAACGAAUUUGAUUAUGUCAAUAAAAUCCCAAUUAUCCGAGUUAAAAACGGAGAUGGAACGACUUAAGGAAGAUGAAGUGGAUAAGGAGUCAGAUAUUAAGAUCCUGCUGCAAGAACAGAAGAAAGAUAUAGAAUCGCAUUUUCAAUCUUUAAUAAGGGAGCAGGAGCGUCAGGGAAAGUUGAUAGAAGAACUUGUUCAUAAGUCGGAUAUACAAGACUUCAGAUUUAAGCCACACAAUUGUACUGAGGUCCAGGCAAGUGGGAUCUACAACAUACUUCUCUCAAAUAUAAACAGUCAACCAUUUAAAGUUGUCUGCGAUGCAGAAACUCGGGGAGGGGGAUGGACUAUCAUCUUGAGGAGAAUGGACGGGACUGUGGAUUUUAAUCGCAAAUGGACUGAAUACAAGAACGGAUUCGGAGAUCUGGGUGGUGAAUUCUUUUUGGGGUUAGAUAAAAUCCAUGAGUUGACGACGGAGAGAAAACAAGAGUUGCUUGUGAUUCUCGAGGACUUCGAAGGAGUUGAGAAAUAUGAGACAUACGAUGAAUUUGCAAUUGGCGACGAGGAUGAACAAUAUGUAUUACACACUCUGGGAAAAGCCAAUGGAACUGCUGGUGAUAGCUUUUCACAACAUAAAGGCAUGAAAUUUUCCACAUUUGAUCAAGAUAAUGAUCCGAUACAAUGGUCACACUUUGUGAUAAAAUACACUGGCGGCUGGUGGUACCAUUACGGUUAUAACACUAACAAGUUGACUGGCCAAUAUACAGGAGACACUGCAAACACAGGCAUCCAUUGGAAAGAAUUUCGGGGCAUGGAGUACUCCCUUAAAAAAGCUGUUUUGAUGAUACGACCAAAAAGUGAAAACUAAGCCUGCACGUUAUUUAAAACUGUUCCAAUAUUCAGAUUUGAUAAGAUGUCUUGUUCUUCAUUCGAAAAUAAAUAUUCGUAGUGAUUUUUAAUAAAAAGAAUUGCCAUAUA